AUGGAUGAAGAUGGAGGAGUGAAGGAAUUUAAGAAUGGUUGUGAAGUGGGGAGAGAGAGUUCGAAGAAGAUUGAAGAAGAAUGCAGAGAGAAGAUGAGAGCUCUUCUGGAGUUUUCUUGUGUAAUUUUUCCGCAGUUAAAGAAUGAAACGAUAUUGGAUCUGGAAGUUUGUUAUAAAACUGGAUGGAUGAGAAUGAUUCUGAUUUUGAGGCUUGCUCUGGAAUUUUAUCACUUGGCUGAGCUUUCAAAUAAUUUUCUGAUAUUUUUGUAUGGCUUGUUGCUGAUCUGA